UUACAGAUUGUGCGCGAACAGCCUCAGCAGGAAAUUCACAUCUAAUUAUAAAUUUUAUAUAUAAAAAAAUGUAUUGCAGGUAAAAUACCGCAGUGCGAUGCACACGGGCACGUGGCGACUAUAGUUUUAGGGCUACACACCGGCCCGCUUAAUUUAAUUAGUCGAUUUGCUUACUCGGAACUCUUGUGUAUGAAACUGUGUCUGUUUCUAAGCUAAUUUUAGGAUCUCGAUUUAGCUGAAGGUAUUAAAUUAAGUAUAAAUAUUAGUAUUUUGAGAAGAGACUUUAUAGAUAAGUUAUGGCAGUGCAAAAUAAAGUUUUAUACGCGUUUCGAGGAUGGAUAGCAUUCGUCGCUUUUAUGGACUUAGGUACCGCCGGCCGGUCGUACAUCGAGCGGCGGUCGUUCCUCAGUCAUCACGGGGAAACUGAGCACUUGGAUGGAGAUUUCACAAUAUCCCGGAUGCUGGGCAUGUAUUCGGUGCUGAAGGCCCUGGCGCUCAUCCACUGUACGCUUUACAUACAUUACAGGCCUGUGGUAUCCAUGGGCUACUGGUCGCUCAUGCUGACCAUCGUGCUGUACUUCACUGAAGCCUUCUGCUACCACUCAACCAACCUCAACUUCUACGUCGUGUUCCCGUGCAUACUCAACAUUAUAACCCUCCUCGGUCUCAUUUACCUGCCCACGAAGCUAAAGCUCUGGGGCCAGAUACCCGGCACCUCCGGCAUGGAGAGAGACAUAGAAGAUGAAAACACGCAAAUCCUCCGACAGAUGGGCAACUUCAAGCGUCGGAGACCGCACGCCAAGAACAAGUAUGUCUGAUUGCGGGGACUGUAAUAAGUUGCAAUAACAAAAGAGUGAUAAUGUUGUGUUUUUUUUAGGGUUCCGUACCCAAAGGGUAAAAACGGGAGCCUAUUACUAAGACUCCGUUUUCCGUCUGUCUGGCACCAGGCUGUAUCUCGUAAACCGUGAUAGCUAGACAGUUGAAAAUUUCACAGAUAAUGUAUUUCGGUUGCCGCUAUAACAACAAAUACUAAAAGCAGAAUAAAAUAAAUAUUUAAGUGGGGCUCCCAUACAACAAACGUGAUUUUUUUACCGUUUUUUUGCGUAAUGGUAUGGAACCCUUCGUGCGAGAGUCCGACUCGCACUUGGCCGGUUUUUUUUUUGUAUAAUAUAAAUAAAUAGUUUAGAAGUUAUUUAAGAAAAUAGCCAAAAAAUUACCAUUCCCCCCUCCGAAACUACUGG